GGAGCCUGGCGAGCGGAGAUUGCCCUUGUGUGUCGCGCCGGGAAGCGGCUGGAGCGGAGCGGGAGCGGAGCGGGAGCGGAGUCCCUGCGCAUCCCCCCCUCCCCGCCUCCGCCCCCGCCGCCCCACGGCGGCACGGGACGGGACAGCGCAGCACAGGCGAACGGAGAGACGGACGGACGCACGGACGGACGGACACGGCGGCAGGGGCAAGGGGAGCCAGCGGGGGCACCUGGCACCGCUCCGCGGUGGGAACCUGAACCUGCCCAGCAGCGCCGGAGCCAGCGGAGAGAGCCGCUCUUUCCGCCUCCUCCUCCUCCUCCCUCCCCAAUCCACCCCCGCGACCCUGGUCCUCCUCCUCCUCCUCCUCCUCCUCCUCCUCACCCCACUGGAUACAGCGAGGGAGACACUGCGGCGGAGGCGGCGGCGGCGGCGGCUCCUGCGGGGGGAAGGAAGCGCCCGGAGAGCGGAGCGGCGGGAGGCUGCGGAUCUGCGUGCCUGGCGCCCACCCAGCCCGAGGGGAGCCCCCAGGAUGCGGCUGAAGCCCGGCGCGCUUCUGCGCUUCUACAGCCUCUGCGGGAUCCUCGUACAAGGCAGCCAAGGGCAGUUCCCACUCACACAGAACGUCACAGUUGUUGAAGGGGGAACAGCAAAUUUGACCUGCAGGGUCGAUCAAAAUGAUAACACCUCCCUCCAGUGGUCAAAUCCAGCUCAACAGACACUGUACUUCGAUGACAAGAAAGCUCUGAGGGACAACAGAAUCGAGCUGGUCCGAGCAUCAUGGCACGAGCUGAGCAUCAGCGUCAGCGACGUGUCGCUGUCGGACGAAGGGCAGUACACCUGCUCCUUGUUCACCAUGCCUGUCAAAACUUCCAAGGCUUUCCUCACCGUUCUCGGUGUACCUGAGAAGCCACAAAUUACUGGAUUUACCUCACCAGUUAUGGAGGGAGAGAGGAUGCAGCUAACUUGCAAGACAUCUGGUAGUAAGCCAGCAGCCGAUAUCAGAUGGUUCAAGAAUGACAAAGAAGUUAAAGAUGUUAAAUAUUUAAAAGAAGAAGAUGCAAAUCGCAAAACAUUCACAGUCAGCAGCACGAUGGAUUUCCUAGCAGAUCGCAGUGAUGAUGGUGCAGUUGUAAGUUGCAGAGUAGAUCAUGAGUCCCUAAACUCUACACCUCAGAUAGCAAUGCAGGUUCUAGAAAUACACUAUACACCUUUAGUUAAAAUCAUUUCUUCCAAUUCAUGGCCUGAAGAAGGACAAUCUAUAGUUUUGACUUGUGAAUCCAAAGGAAAACCAGUGCCAGAGCCAGUCCUGUGGACAAAGGACGGUGGAGAACUCCCAGACCCAGAGAGAAUGGUUGUCAAUGGCCGGGUUCUCAGCAUCAGCUUCCUAAACAAAACAGACAAUGGCACGUACCGGUGCGAAGCAAAAAACCCCAUUGGCCGGAACAGCACAGAAUAUGUCCUGAUAGUACAUGAUGUUUUCAACACUUUGCUUCCCACUACUGUCAUCCCCUCCCCUACCACUGCAACAGUCACAACCAAUGUAGCCUUAACAGCCAGCACAACCACAUCGGCAUCAGCCACCAGCAUCAGAGAUCCAAACGCCCUGGCUGGACACACUGGACCUGACCAUGCUGUUAUAGGAGGAAUAGUGGCUGUAGUCGUCUUUGUAACUCUAUGUUCUAUAAUUCUCCUYGGUCGAUACCUGGCAAGACAUAAAGGAACAUAUUUAACAAAUGAAGCAAAAGGAGCUGAAGAUGCACCUGAUGCCGACACAGCCAUUAUCAAUGCAGAAGGCAGCCAAGUCAAUGCAGAGGAGAAAAAAGAGUAUUUCAUUUAGAUGCAGAGCUAGAAUCUUGGAGUUUUCCUUAUCAGGCUGACUGCUGGAGAAARCUGGCUAUCAUUUCUCAGAAUUCAUUUCUGCCAUCUUCUGCUAUCUUUAUUAACUCACAUUCCUGCUCUAAGUAGCCAGUUUAUGCCAACAAUCAGCUGUUGACAUCAUCAUUCUAUAAUUACAGUAUCAUGCGUAAAACAGGACGUUUCUUGUUGCCUAAAAAUCAUAUCCACUGCUCUCUUUAACAUACAGUGCUUGAAUAUACAGCCUUAACAAUGUUAAUCAUCAUUUUAAUCCAAGUUUUCUACAUAUUUAAGUGUUACGCAGCUUUCUUUUCUGGUUUUCUUUUAUCAUGUCCCUACUAGUAUGUCAUAGAACAAAUUUCAUAACAAGUUCUAUUAGGUAAGGUCCUAAUUUACUUACAGAAAAUGUUGAAUCUAAGAUUAGAGGUUUACAAAGAUUUUAUACCUGUCUAUCUAUAAUUAAAAAAGCAACUUGUUUUUGAAACUUAUGCCCUUGGAAAAAAAAAUGAAAUCUGUUUAGUAUAGUUUCCUGUAUACUUGGAUUUGGUGGAAAAAAAAAAAGAUCAGUCCAGUGAAUUUUUUUGUUUUGUUUUGCUUUGUUUUGUGAUGAUUUAAAUGGUACCUUGACAACAGUGCCAUGUUUCAGUGGUGAAAACAUUCUGAGUAGCUAUGCAGAUUCUGCAAAUUUAGAUCGUAGAGCUUCUUUGAAACAAUUUGUCCUGCCCUUUUACUUGCUUUUGGGAUCACCAAGAUUAGAGAACUUUCUGAGUAAUUUAUGUUUUUGUAAUUUAUUUGCUAAACAUGAACUCACCUGCCUACUCAAAUUUGAUGUGUUCAUGGGAGCACAGUUGCAAGGCAUUUUAGUAUCUGUAUAUAGUGCAUAUAAUAAAUUCAAUUAAACAUUAUUUGAUACAUAUUCAACUUUUUUGGCAGUAGCUAAGUCAGUCACAAGUAAGCAUUUUCUAAUGUCCAUUAUGUCCCUUUAGAUAUGACUCAAAUCAAUAUUCUGAGUAGAUAACAUGUAUUAGUAUUUUUUUGUCUGUAUGUCCUAGCACUGUUCAGCAGCAAACUUUUCUAGUUCUUGUUAAUUUUUUUUUCUUUGUUAUACAAUGGAAGCACAAUGUUAUAUGGAAAGGUAGUUUUAAGCUAACAACCAGUGCACAGCCUCAGGUUUUAAAUUACAACCACAUUUGAUUACUAUCCUUAAAAAGUACUAUUGAGUUGCUAAAAUUCUCAAUUUUUAAUUUGGCAGUUCCAGAGCUGCUUCUCUAUGUUGGUUUGCC